AGCGUCAUGGGAAGGAAACCGCUGUAAGACAUAGUGCAGCGGCAUACAAAUGGCGAGGCCGACCUCCCUGCUGCUCUUUGUUGCUUUCACUGCCUCGGCUCGUGCGCAAGAAGGCGGUACGUAUGGAACGACCCAGAACGGAGCUUGCCUCCCUUGCUUGAGUUGGUUGGUGUGCUGCUGCCAUGUGUGUCAUGUGUGUGUGAUCUGCAGCCCUGUGUCCUGGUGCGAGUGAGGCGGCCUCACAGGCGCCCCUCGAGUCAGGCAGAUAUGGGGUCAAAGACGGACCGAGCGACGCGGGCGGGUUAGUGAGCCACCUCUUGGCUGCCAAUUCACUGAGCCGUGCCAUCUGCCAUAUCCACUGAGGUCGUCUUUGCGUGUGGUCCAUGUUUUUGGUAUGUUGUGCAGCCACUGUCUGGCGCUUGGUGCGGUGAACAGCCGUGAGGAUGACGGGAGCGCCGGUAUGCUCUUCAGCUGCAACACGGAGAAAGGGGUGGUGUUCGACUACACCGCCCCUGAUGGUAAGCACGCACCCACACACAUGGCGCCGACCACUGACUGAUGCACUGAUCCACAUAUCCAUCCGUCCACCUGUCUCUUUCUCGUGCAGAGUCUGCCCUCUCCUCCCGAGGCCGCAUCACCGGCGAGGUUGAGCUCAAGUCGUCUCCCGCCGACCAGGACGAGUGCGUAGGAUGCCUCUUCAGAGUGGCAUUCGAGUACGACAGCAUCAGCGGGAUCGCUGAUGGUGAUGAAGGGACCACCAGCCGCGGAAAGGGCUCCCUCACCGUCAAGCGCCGGCCGCCCUACUGCGAACUCCCCUCCAUUAUCGAAUUCGGCUCUCUGGUACAUUCGCCACAUACAACAACAGUACAGCCUCUCACAACGGCACGCGUUGCUGUCAUUUCUUGCCAAUUUGUCAGGGUGCCGCAGCUCCCUCAUCGCGAGGGGCGUUUGAGUGGCUUCCUGUGGACGAGAGCGGGGACGAUGCGUGGGCGGGCGCUCAGCUGCACGGCAAGGGGCGGCUGGCGCUCUUUGGUGGCCCCGCCGAAGCACGCGGCGAGGCGGCAGCAGCAAAGGAGGGCAAGGUUGGCCAGCGGUGGAGCUUCGUGGUCGGGCAGGCCUGCCCCGGUAUGCACGCGCGCAUAAGCAUCCAUGUGUGUGUGUCAACGAAGUGCGGGGCAUGGGAUACACAUGUGCGUGGCGUGCCCUCUGUCUGUCGGCAGGUGCGAUUGGUGACCUGGUGUAUGUGGACAGCAAUGCCAAUGGAGAGCAGGACAAUGGCGAGCCGGGACUGCCGGGCCUCGUCGUGCAGCUCGCAGAGGAACCCGCCGGCCGCAUCGUCCAAACACUCGAAACAGACGGUAGGUACCCGAAGCUGUCCCGCCAGACAUCGCCCUCUUCCACAUGGCAUGGAAUUGUCUCUUCUCUGCCAUGUCCUGUCCGUCCAGAGAAUGGCCACUAUGGUUUCGAGAAUCUGUCUCCCGGCUCGUAUCGCGUCCGUUUCCUCCUGCCGCCAUCCCUCACGCUCACAUCGCUGUCCGACGGGGCGGAAGCUGAUGGGACGUCGGUGCAUGAGUCGACGCACUUCGCCGAGAGCAGCUCGGUCAUCGUGCUUAGGAAGGGCGAGAGGAACAUGGGCGUGCGUGCCGGUGUGACCACCAAGAAUCUGUCCAACCACCGGGUCAAGGCAAUGGCGUCGGAGAAUGCCCUGUCUGGUACGCACACACACACAGGCGCAGAAAGGGGAAAGAGAAUUGGUGGAUAUGUGUGUUGCCAUUCCUUCCCUUCGUGCAGCUGACGCGCUUGCCGUGAGUGCGGCUGGGCUGGAGGGAGCGGACACAGGUCAGACAGACAGAGCCAUCCACACACACAGAGCCAUCCCUUGAUUCAUGUUGCAGCCACCAUCAGCGGGCGAGUCUUCGACGAUGACGACCACAAUGGCCUCUUCGACCAGGACGAAAGCGGCGUCGAGAAGGUGCCCGUCGACCUCGUUGACGCAGAAGGGACCGUCGUGCACUCGACAAAGACCGACAGCAACGGACGAUACACCUUCAAGCCGGACGCCGGCACCUACAGCGUCCGUGUCGACGUGCCGGAGGGCUAUGACGGCUUCACUUGGCAGCUGGUGGAGGGAAAGGGGAGGAAGCGCAAGUCGCGCGCCGACGCUGACGGGGUCACCGGCAAGAUCGACGUCAAAAAUGGGGAGAAGCAGGACAACGUGGAUAUCGGUGUGGUCAAGGAAGUGACGGCCGCCUUCACGAGCAAGAUAUACGUGGACAUGGACAGGGACAGCCGCAAGGACACCAACGAGACCUCCCUCCCUGGGGUCGAGGCGUCGCUCAUCCAUGACGGCAAGGUCGUGCAGAAGACCAAGAGCAACGACUGCUGCGGCGUGUACGGCUUCAACAACCUGCUUGCCGGCCGCUACACGGUCGAGCUGAUGCUGCCAAGGGAGAUGGUGGGGUUCAGCUUCCCCAGCAACAUCUCCGGUGCGGCAGAGAUGCGGCAGUCAGAAGUAUAUGAGGUGCAGAACAACCAGACCUUGUUCGAUUCCAUCUGGUUCGACCACAACAGGAACGGCCGGCACGACCAGGACGAGUGGGGCGUGGCGGGGGUGGAGGUGCGGCUGAUGAGGGGCGGCAAGCUGGUUGGCAAGACGAUCACCGAUCGGGAGGGAUUCUUCAGCUUUGAGGGGCUCGCGGACGGCAAGUACAUGGCUGAGUUCUCGCCGCACGAGGGCGGGCCGCAUGUGGUGAAGUGGAAGCCGAUAGCGAGGAUGCAGGUGGACCUUGACAAGGGGGAGGAGAGGAUGCAUGAGCCCGUGGGGGUGGUCGUGUACACUGGUGACAUACACACACACACACACACACAGACACAGAGAGAGAGGGACAGCCAGUGAGGCGGACAACGGUCGACAUGUGUCGCGUAUUACGUUGCGCAUGCAGGCACCAUUGGCGACACGGUAUAUAUGGACGUUGACGGCGACGGCGAGCAGGGCCCCAACGAGUACCCCCUCCCCAACAUCACCGUCGAGCUCAAAGACGCCCUCGGACACACUGUCAACACCACACAGUCCGACAAGGACGGCAAGUACAAGUUCGACUACGUCCCCCCCGGCACCUACCAAGUCGACUUCAUCGACACCCCCGUCAAGCUUUCCCUCGACAGAGCCGAGCGCGGCACAUACGAGACCAUCAAUGUCACCGGUCCGGCGACUAGAGAGGUGGAAGUGCUGUCGGGGGCUGACCUCGUUAACGUGGAUGGCGGGAUGGUGGUGGCCAACACACGGGGGGCCACCCAGCGGAUCUCGGACAGGGUGUGGGAAGACCGCAACGGCAACGGCAUCCAGGAUGAGGACGACCCGCCUGUGCAGGGGGUGGAGGUGCGGCUCUAUGAGGUGAGGGACGGCGACCAGCUGCGGCUCAUCAGCACCGACGUGACCGACAAGGGCGGCAACUACAGCUUCAUCCACCAGCCGCCCGGCUCGUUCGUGCUCGAGUUCGUCAAGCCUCCUGAGUACUUGAAUUUCACACGCCGAUAUGCCGGCAACAACACACACAACGACAGCAACGUCGACCCAGCUGAUGGGAAGAACUACGGCAAAUCGGUAAGAACAUCACGCUCACGCACCGGUCGUUGCAAGACAUCCGUGGUGUGUCACUCACUCAGAGCGUCUUCACCCUUUUCGCUGGUGAAAGGAACCCAAGCAUCGACGCGGGCCUCAUCAAAGGGGGUGAGAACAGACAGACCCACAUAGCAGACCUGCGCACCCCACACACCCACCAUCUGUGUGUGUCCUUCAGCCUCCGUGGUGAGUGAGGUCUUCAUCGACAAGGACAGCGAUGGCGAGCGCACCAGGAAGGAGAAGCAGCUGUCGGGCAUACAGGCCACCAUCCUGCGCGACAUGGCCCCCAUCCGGCUCACCAAAACCGACAAGAAUGGCAAGUUCGCCUUCACAGAUCUGGAGCCGGGCACCUACGAGGUCGAGCUGAAGCUACCCAAAGGGCUGACCACAGCGUCCUUUGUCGACAAGGGUGGUGUCGCAUCGGCUGCAAAGGCGCUGCAGCGGACCAGCUCGUACGUGUUCGCGGCAGAUGAGGCGGUGGGUGGGGAGCGGUCUGUGGUCGAGAGCGUCUUCGUCGAUUCCAACGGGAAUGGUGUCCGUGACAGGGUGACCAAUGACACACACGGGAAGACACAGAUCGGCACGUCACACACGUGUGUAUGUGGCCUUUUAGGCCGAGCCCGGCAUCCCCGAUGUGCCCGUGUCUCUGCUGAAGGACGGCCAGUUCCUCAAGCGCACCGUCACCGAUAUAGACGGCUUCUUCGGCUUUGAGGGCCUGAUGCCAGGCGCCUACCAGGCAGAGUUCGAGCUCGACUCGGCCUCCAUGAAGGACGUUGUGCAGUGGAACCCUAUCACAAGGUUCCGGGUGCUGGUCUUGGGAGGCGAGAGGGUGGAGCUGCUCGUCGCCGUUCGGCACCCAAAGGCCGCCGAGCAUGAAGAAACGGAGGUAUCCGACACAGACUACGUCAUGGCGCCCGAGCUGACGAGACAAGGAGCCGAGGCGCAGGCUGGUCACGAGCAGGACGCAGAAGUGACCACCGCGCCGCCAGCUGCCGAGGAGACCCCCAACACUGAGGCGACGAUGCUCUCGAGUGAAGGCGGGACCUACAGCCACAGUUAUCACCCACACUGGAGGGUCCACCCGAGCCAGCAACAGCGCCCAGCAGCAGAGGCAGCCGAAGCUCAAUCGCUGGCAAGUGAAGGCGUGACCCCUCCCCUGACCGAUGACACCGCAGCUGCCGAUGGCAUCACCACGCCUCCACCAUUACUGUCCGACGACGAGUCCGACCUCAUCGAGAUCCAGGAGGAAAGGGGGCUUGCCAGCAGGGCUGUACCAGAGCAGUCCCCUGACUCUCCGGUGACGGGUGCAGAAGAUCCAGGCGAGUGGCGACAUCUGCUGUCCGACUUGAUGGCUGUCGAGAUGGGGGCUGUGAGCGACGCAAGACGGAUGAGACAGCGGCAGAGGCGGCGCUAUGGGGAAGCGCCGACCUCAAGACAGCUGAGGGGGGCGGUGGGCACAUAGGCAGGCAGGUGUGUGGCCGAUCGGGAGAGAGGGUGUGUACAAACCUAUCUAAACCUACACGUACGUACGGCGGUGGAUGGAUGGAUGG